UUAGAGGGUACAACCAGUUAUUGCAUAAACUUUUCAAAGCUGUGGUGCUCUUAAGAGUUUAGACGCCGUAAAAACAAAGCUCGCAACUCGCUAGCAUAAUGUCAGUCACGCUGCACACGAAUCUCGGGGAUAUCAAGUGCGAGAUCUUCUGCGACGAGGUUCCCAAGGCUACCGAGAACUUUUUGGCUCUAUGUGCAAGCGGGUAUUAUGAUGGGACCAUAUUUCACCGAAAUAUUAAAGGUUUUAUGAUUCAAGGCGGAGACCCGACAGGUACAGGCAAGGGGGGAACCAGUAUAUGGGGAAAGAAGUUCAGCGACGAAAUAAGAGAAUCUCUCAAGCACAAUGCAAGGGGUAUUCUUUCAAUGGCCAACAGUGGCCCCAAUACUAAUGGAAGCCAGUUCUUCAUAACUUAUGCAAAGCAGCCUCAUCUUAAUGGACUGUACACUUCGUUCGGUAAAGUGAUUCAUGGAUUUGAAGUCCUUGAUCUAAUGGAAAAGACUCAAACAGGUCCUGGAGAUCGACCACUUGCGGAGAUCAGACUCAAUCGCGUCACAAUGCAUGCUAACCCACUUGCUGGUUAGUCUUAGCUUGAAGCAUUUCUGGCUCUGCUGCAUAACGGGGAGGUCCUCAGCGUGAUACAGAAGUUUUAGAAUUGACCUCCUUAAACCAUUGUUAUGCUCGUGAUUUAGUUUUUUCUUUUUUGAAAAAAAAAAUCUGAUCAGUUGCAGAAAUGGACUUGAGCCAACAGAAUGAUAGAGAGAUUAGAUUCAUGUUAUUAUUCUGAGAAUUAUAUGGUGCUGUUACUGAUAGUACGGUAGCAUCUGGAUAACUUGCUAAACGUUACUAGUUGCUUUGAGUAUAUGUUCAUAUUUUUAUAGAAGGGUUUGUCUGCAUCCUUGAAA